UUAUGGUCAGUUACGAGUCGCGUUAGAGUCGACGACGACGGUAACGAAGACGGCGAGUAGAGAGGUGAUUCAGAGCAGGCGCGAGGGACGGCAACUGCACAAGAACGGUAACGCACGCGGCCAAGCAGUUACGCAUCGUCAUGCACUGACGUUGGAAUUGGUGGCGUGAUGCGAAGGAAUUUCGAUCGAUCGCAACUUGGCACGAACAGUCACACGGUGGACGUGCAACGUCGCGCGACAACGUCAGGCGGGCAGCUCUCGCUGGUGAUAACGCACGGUCGUCGCACAUACAGGCGGUAUCGGCCUAUUAGCGCGUGAGUCGUCGAUCAGCGCUCGCUCCUUAACUAAUUGCUCGACGAACUUUGACCACUGUACGACAAUCCCACCCGUCAGACUCACUCACGGUCCAAUCUCGGUUGAUCUCUCGGUCGGUCCUCCUUGCCACAUUGCCCACGCAUCCUCCUCUCUGUCGUGAGCUUUGUUGCACUAGGCAAGUGUGAGCCGCGGGAAUCGAGCGUGACUACGCUUGAUUAUCAAAGGUUAAAGGGAUGCUAUCGAAAUGGAGCUGGAUCCUUCUUAAUCUCAUUAUCUACGUGAACACUGCUCCGGUGGAAAGUGAAACUGAAGCCUUCUUAGAGCUAACUGAGUUGGACUAUGAAGAUGCAUGUUAUCACAUCACCAAUGCACAAUGGUCAUUCAUUGUUGCACCUUCCAACGAAUCGUUACUCGCAUGGGAGGCGCAACAAUACGAAUAUGGGACAUUUAAGAAAACACAGAAGACCGAGAUACUCAAAAAGGUAUCAAAUAACGAGAAGUUGCAGCUCGAGUCACUGCUUCAAUAUAAAUAUGACGUGAUUAAGAAACCUGGUGACGCAUUGCUAAAAGAAGAAGAUUGGGAAAAACUCGUGCACUUCGUCGGUGCCGUGGAAUUACAACGAUCAACUAAUAGUUACGUCAACAAGUCACAAAAAUAUUCACGAGAAGAUGUGGAAUAUUUGUUGUCUCAUAGCGGAAAAGCGAGCGAUAAGCAAGUUGUUUGGAACGGUUGGUAUCGUGAACUGAAAUCGCUAGUGACUAAUUACUCAAACAAUUUACCUCUUAUCAACGAAGCAGCAAAAGAAAAUGGUGCCAAAAAUGUUGAGGAAUAUUGGGAGAUGUUGGCAGGAUAUCCUGAUGCGUAUGAGAAAAUAAGGAGCGAAUGGAGUCGGAUUGAUAUUUUUCAUAAAAAGAUUCUGAAAUUCAUCGGCACGAACUUGUCGAAAAAAUAUGGGAUCACUAUAAAUGACACGAUCCCUGCUCAUUUACUCGGCAGCUUACAAGGGUAUGACUGGACAGAUUUACCAUCGGAUACAUUGCCCCAUUCAAAUUUAAUCUACGGUGUCAAGAAGAAUCUUUGGAAAAAGAAAUACGCAGGUAAACCUCUGUACAAAAUUGCAUCUAAUUUGGGCUCGCUAUUGUUCAAACGAGUUCCGCAAGCUAAAUUUUGGGAUUACAGCGAGUUCAAUGGACAGUGUCCGUCUAGUCUGUUAAAUCUUUGUCGAGAUGGUAUAAUGAGAGUAUCAACGUGUUCCAAAGCUACCGUGAGCAAUUUCAUGGCAGCUCACAAAGAUGUUGGGAGAAUUCUAUUCAAUCAAAUGACCGUCGAGAGCACUCCCAUUCUCAAUACAGUUAAUAGAUUUUCGGGACUAGAAGAAAGCAUAUCUAUAUUGUUUGGAAUACUAUCGACGAGUCCUGCGUGGAUAAAUCAUACUGGCUUAAUGAAUGCCUCCAACGAUAAUGAACAACGCAUGAUUGUAUCUCUAAUGAUUGCCGCCUUAGAUAUCUUUCCACGAUUAGCAUAUUAUUACUCCGUGGAUAUGUGGCGAUUAAAUGCAAUUGAGAAGAAUAUCAAUGAACCAGCGGAUUUGGUAUCUUCCUGGUGGAAAUACAGGCAAGAAUACGAAGGUGUUUCUUCCAUCGACGCGACUAGUCCCACUUUCCUGGAUGAUAGUUAUAUCAUUAGCAACAAACCGUAUCUUCCUAAAAUUCUCGGCACGCUACUCGCUUUCCAAUUGUACGAAUUCAUCGUGGACUCGACCGAAGUCAGAUACAACAACAUCGACGGAAAAUUGAUGGACAGCAAGAUAAUAAAAAUGAUUCAGAUUGGUGGAGCCCGUAAUUGGCCGGAUAUCCUCAACGAAAACUUGGAAAUAGAUGAUAUAUAUGCGGAUGCUCUGAUUUCAUACUUCACACCAUUGGAGGAGUUAAUCGAACUGAAUGAAGAAGACUUCAAAUAUAAAUCUGGAUCCAACGAAGACGAAGAACUGGAAAAAUUGGAGAAGCUCAUGUUGCAAGAGAUAAAUGCUCCCACUACGACACUACCACCAUCCACAACUAUAACAACAGACAAACGGAUAACAGCAAAAGCUACGUCAUCAGUCAAGCCUAGAGACAAAGCGAACCAGUCAAAAGUAGAAAAUCCACCAGAAUUUACAACGUCCGUGCAUAUUUUGGAAAAUAAGCCAAAUAGUCCCGAUUCAUCGGGGUCAAUCCAAGUUCCUGUCAACGAAUCACUGAUACCCGGUAUAGUGAAUAAUACACAAGAUAACACACCAAAGAUUAACACCAGUAAAACAGUAUGGGUCGUAAGCGCAGUUCUUAUAGCCAUAAUUGUCAUUUGUAUAAUUGCGAUUUUCGGUAGACGAAGAUGUCGCAAAACACCAAAAAAUAGACGAUACGUUUAGCGAUAUAACUUUAUCAUUUUCGUCACUAAACAUAUUUAUUUCUUGCAUUUAGUCUCUAAGGAAAUUCUUGGUCUCGUAAGUUAUUGUCACAUAUCCCAUUACGGAGCCGUUCUUUAAUUAUUAUUUAAUUUUGAAACGCAUUCGAUGUUUCACUCGCAUUCCUUAGCAAUUUUCCUUGCUGUAGAUACGUAGAUUUUUUUUUUCUAGUGUUAAUAAUGAAUCGCUCUUAUAUUUUCACAUCCUGCUUUUCCAAUCUUUUUCAAUACAUCUCAUGCUCUUUACUAAAUUUGUCUACAUUUGUUAUUGGCUUGAUAUCAAAUCGUUUUCUAAUUACAAUCAUAUUGAAUGAUGUCAGAAGAGAGAAAUUGCACAAAUCCUUUUCUCACGAAAUCAACGUGAUAAUUCUAUAUGAUUAUAUAGAAACUAUAUAGAGAGAGAUACCAUGAAUUUUGAAGAAAUCUUUGCUAGGUCUCUAGCAAUUUAUACAUACAUAUAUAUAUAAAUUACACUUUGUUAUAUUUUACAUAUAACCUUACAACACCUCAUACGAAUAGUGUUGCGCACAAAGGAUCCUAAUUGGAUAAAAUAUAAUAUUGCGAUUUUUGCGUAUUUGUAAUUUAUAUAUAUUUAUACUUAUAUAUAUUAAUGUCACGUGUGUUAUAAUCUUUAGGUAUGAAAGAUAUGAUGCUUGUACAGUUGACGUCAUGUAUACUGUACCAUUCUCUAAAAGGAAAAUUAUAUGAUUUUCAGCCUUAUGCGUAAUCUAUAAAAUUGAAUAUCGCAUAAAUAACAUUUAUUAUAACGAUAGAGUUAUAUUGGCUCUAAUUAUGACGAUUUGGAGCUUACGUAUAUAUGCAUAAGAUUAAAAAUCGUAUAAUUUUCGAUCUAGGAAAUGAUAUAGCAUACAUGACGCCGAUUGUACAUUACAUAUGUAUGUUUCCUCUGAACAUAAUGCCAACUAUACCUCGAUGACUAGUUUAUCGCUCUCAUAAUUUUACAUCUGUAGCUUAAAUAAGAGAGUUGUAUUAAUAUUAUAUAAAACUGAAGCUAGUUGAAAAGACAUGUUUGAA